CCAAGAGGAGCCUGGAUCUGGGCACUCCAGCCCCUUUAGCUGCCACACGGGGUCAGGGUGGCUGAUCCCCCCAAAAGGAUCGUGUUCACAACGUUUGUGGGGUGAUGUUUGCUCCAAUGGCUGCGGAAGAGGUGCGGGAGAAGAGCGGACAAGAGAUCCGCAUGUCAGACCAUCACCACCCCAGCGAUGGGGAGUCAGACCCCCAGCACGGCAUUACUGUGGUCUUCCUCCUCGUCCUUGUCUUCUUCAUCAUGGGGCUGGUGGGGUUCCUGAUCUGCCACGUCCUGAAGAAGAAGGGUUACCGGUGCCGGACCUUCCGGGACGAGCUUGACCCAGAUGACAAAGACGAGGUGGAGGAGCUGCAGGAUGACGAAGAGGAUGAGAAGAACGAUGACACCGUGGAGAAGAUCGUGAGGUGCAUCAUCCAAAACCAAGCAAAUGUGGAGGCCCUCAAGGAGAUGUUGGGGGAAAAUGAAGGGGAUGUGCCAGUGCCAGUGCCCGUCAUUUGUCCCCACAGCAGCAGCCAGGACGGGGGUCCCCCUCACCACCACACGGUGCACCUGGGCUCCACGCAGGCCCCCUGCAUCCACUGCAGCAGGAGGAAGAGGCACCCACUGCAGCGCCAGGGGAGGUCCAAGGAGGGCAAAAGCAGGAUGCUUCCUGGAGAAACCACUGUCUUCUCAGUGGGCAGGUUCCGUGUCACACACAUCGGGAAGAAACCUCCCGUGCAGGAGCAGCAGGACGGAGCUCUGCCCUCCGGCAGCCGGCAGGCGAGCACGGAGGAGCUGGAGCGCAGCAGCGAGAGGCUCCAGCGGGAACGGGCUCUCAACGGGACUGUCCCCACGGGUGGUGGCCUGCACAACGGAGCCAUCCCCACGGCCACCCUGAGUGGCAGAAGCGCCGAGCAAAGCCUGUCCGCCAGCCCAGCCACCAACACAGCGGCCAGCUCCGGCACCCGUGACAGCCGGAGGGCGGGCGGGGGGUCCGGUCCGGAUGCUGGCUCUGCUCCCGGCAGCUCGGGUCGCCAAAGGAGGCUCAUGAGCAUGCCAGCGCUGGGAGCGUCGAGUCCCGACAUCCCAGGAGAGCUGGCGAGGGAAGGAGCCGGCAUCUGCCUGGAGGAGAUGGGACUGGAGUCGGCAGAUGAAGUGUCGGAUAUUCACGGGAGCCUGAGUCUGCAGGAACAGGCUGAGGAGUUGGGGAGAGACGACAGCAGCAGGAAACAGCCCGGAGGGGAGGACGGGAGGCAGCAGGUAUGUCCCUCCUCUUCCUCGUCCCCAUGGGGUCCCCUGGGCUGGAUUUCCCACCCAUUUUCCGGUGUCUGA